AUGACUCACGUCAACUGGUACCUCUGCAAACAGGAGAGGUGCAGUGAGAACAGCUCCUCUCUGCAACAUGUGCAGACAGUCCAGCAGUGUGUGCUGAGUGGAGCACUGAUCAAAGGCAGCACAGUGGGGCUCCGGAGCACCAGCAAAACAUCAGCUGUGCUCCCAGCAUCACAGCUAGCAUCCAGAGAAGGCUGGAAGAGCAGAAGGAAGCAAGUGGUGGGAAGGACAGAGGCUCUCGACUUCCGUGUGGAGUCGUUUGAUUCAGAGCUGGAGGAUAAACCUCAUCUGCCGCCAAGCGUGCGGCUGCCGGACACGAUCUGCGACGUUAACCCGCCCAGCCCCAGAGGAGCUGCGGCAGCGCCGGGAAAACCCGGAGAAAAUCCGCACGGAGAAAGGCGCCCGGCCUUCCGCUUCGGGACGUUUCACCCCGCGGGCACGAAACGCGCCCUCCCCGCCGCCGGGGUCACACACGCGCAGCCCGGGAACCAGUCUCAAUUCCACUUGUCUCUAGUUUCAGAAUGGCUGCGGUUACUGCCUUUCCUGGGCGUGCUGGCCUUGCUCGGUUACCUCGCUGUUCGUCCGUUCCUCUCCAAGAAGAAGCAGCAAAAGGAUAGUUUGAUUAACCUCAAGAUCCAGAAGGAAAAUCCAAAAGUAGUGAAUGAAAUAAACAUUGAAGAUCUGUGCCUCACUAAAGCUUACUGCAGGUGUUGGCGUUCAAAGACGUUCCCUGUCUGUGAUGGCUCCCACAACAAGCACAAUGAAUUAACAGGAGAUAAUGUAGGUCCACUAAUACUCAAGAAGAAAGAAGUAUAGCAGAUGCUUAGUUCACUAGAUCAUGAUGGAUAAAAAGUCUUUUUAUAUCAUUGUAGUUGCAAAGGAGAGUAUUUUAUGAUGUGAUUGGUAUGAUUUAAUCUAAUGAUUGCUGUCGAUUUCUUUUUGGAAUAAACUGCAUUUAGACAGUGCUAAAUCUGUCACUGUUUUGAUACUUCAUUCUAAGAAGAACUAUGUCUGCUUUGUAAAACUGUAAAGUAACUAUCUCUGUAAAUAAGUCAUUUAUUUCAACAAUAAAAUUACUUCCUACA